AGCAGCGGCCAUGUUUUACAGUCGCCUGCUGUUUUCGCUGUACAUCCUCACCUUCCUGAUGGGGGUCCCCACCAACAUCCUGUCCUUCAUCACCCUCUGCAAGAAGGUGUGUCGCAAGGCGGCGCCCAUUGAUGUCCUCCUCCUCAACCUCACUAUCUCAGACCUCAUUUUCCUGACCUUCCUGCCCUUUAAAAUGAAGGAGGCGUACGACAACAUGGCGUGGCUGAUGCCCUACCCUCUUUGCCCGCUGACUGGGUUCAUCUUCUAUGUCACCAUCUAUAACAGCACGCUGCUGCUCACAGCUGUGAGCGUGGAGCGCUACCUGGGCGUGGCCUUCCCCCUCAGGUACUCUGUGUGCCGCCGGCCUCGCUACGCCGUGUGGGCCUGCUUGAUCUUCUGGGUGGUGACCUCCUGCAACCUCAGCAUCGUCUACAUCCUGCCGUACUCCCAGUGGAGCUACAGCAGCAACGCCAGCGGGCCCGUCCCACCUCCAACCACCUGCUACCGCAACUUCUCAGAGGCUGAGCUCAAAAUUCUUCUGCCCGUUCGCCUGGAGCUUUUCCUCCUCCUCUUUUGCAUCCCCUUCAUCAUCAGCUGCUUCUGCUACGUCAACUUCAUCCUCAUUCUGUCUCGCCUACCCAACAUCAGCCGGCGGCGGAGGCUGAGGUGCAUCGGCCUGGCGCUGGGGACGCUGAUAGUCUUCGCUGUCUGCUUCGGGCCUUACAAUGCCUCCCAUGUGGUGGGAUUCAUCCAACACGAGAGCCAGGAGUGGAGGAAUCUGGCGCUGCUCUCCAGCACCCUCAACGCCUGCCUGGAUCCAUUUAUCUUCUACAUGUCGUCCACGGCGGUCAGGGGCAUGUUAAACCGCUGCUUCAUGAGGAUCACGGCUAAGAUGCACAUCCUGGGGUGUAGAAGGAGGCCCGCGCCCUCCGCAGCAUCAUCUGCAGAAUAG